AUGGGCCUUGAAUCUUGUGAUGGUAGAGAGCUUUUUGACCAGAUAAGUAGGAAAGGGUGCUUAUCAAAGGAUGAAGCCCGUUUCUAUAGUGCAGAAAUAGUGGAUUCUCUAGAGUACCUUCACAAAAUAGGCCCGCUGGUGAGAUACCUUGUCUCAUUUCAAGGUGCAAACGUGAAUGCCCUAGACAUUAAUGCCUUGAACGAUGAAGACAAGACUGCACUUGACAUUGCAUCUGCAGCAGCUCCACACAACCCCAAUUGUGACAGCAUCAAACAGAUACUGGAAAACGCAGGAGGUAUUCGGUGGAGUUUCAUACCAAACUCUAAUAUAACUUCUGAUCCAAGCAAUGAGCCAGAGCAAGGGGAAGAUAAAGAUAUCGUAGAUACACACAUGGUGGUGGCCUCACUGAUUGCCACCGUUACAUUUGCAGCCAUCUUUCAAAUCCCAGGAGGAAUUGACGACAACAUAAACAGUGAACACUAUGAAGCAGCCAAGAUGGCAUUUCGCAGACUUUUCAGAUUUUUCAUAUUCUCUGACACUGCGGCCUUCACAAGUUCGCUGACAGUGGUUGUGGCGUGGGUAGUUAAACAACUGUUGGGAGACACCUAUUCCGGAAGACAGACAGCGCUGUCCCGACUGUCCGGGAUCACCUUGAUAGUCUCAAUCUUGUGGACGAUAGCAGCAUUCGUGAGUGCCAGCGUUAUCGUUAUAGUACCCCCACAUCAUGAGAAGCUGAAAAGUAAAGAUAAGAAAGCUUUCGCCAAAUUUCAAUCGCUUUGGCAGCUCGAGCUCGCUCUUGGAUUCCUCGUACCAUUUGGCAUCGGGUCGAUGCUUGUGCUUUCGAAUAUUCGUUUUCUAUCCGCGAGGUUAAGUUUUAAGGUGUUUUUAUGUUAUAUCUACAUUGAAUUGUUUCUAAUCAUGAGCAUAAUUAUCGACUCUACUUUUCAGCUAACAUAA